CGUCACGUGACCGUUAAAAUGUCAGAAUGGUGCAGGAUUUCUAUGGAAUUUUUGAUUGUUUUCGUUCCAUCGGGCUAUGCUUGCUGAUGUCGGUGACUUAUGUCGCCAGUUUACACGUCUGGAAGUCGCCGCACAACAGGGAUCAUCCAACUACAAUAAAGAAACGUUUCAUCAGUGUCUUUUUCAUGUUAUUUAUUUCGCCAUGUUUCCUUUACGUGGGAAUACACAACAAAACUUUCGAAAAGAUUUCUAUGUUCGAACUGAUGGGUUUUAAAACUCACGGAUUAUGUCAAGCGGUUGUGAUGCCUUUAUUCCUCACUAUGAUCCUAUUUCUGGGACCAAUCGCGAUGAAAGUCCACAGUGGGUUGCUGAAGUUGUACACUGAACCCAUGUACUGGAUCAACAAUUUGAAAAACUUAAUUUGGUUGCGGAACCACAUCGUUGCGCCCCUUUCCGAAGAGUUCACUUACAGAAGUUGUAUGUUGCCUUUGCUACUCCAGUGUUUUUCCCCCAUGACGGCUGUUUCCGUCUGUCCGUUAUUUUUCGGAGUCGCGCAUUUUCACCACAUGCAAGAACGAAUCAAGUACGGAAUGGACUUUACCACUGCUUUUAAAAUUGCAUGUUUCCAGUUUGUCUACACGACGAUUUUUGGAAUGUAUUCGGCGUAUUUGUUGCUACGAACUGGUCAUUUUAUGUCGACUUUUAUAAUUCAUGCAUUUUGUAAUCACAUGGGAUUUCCAGAUUUGGUGGAAGUCACAACAUACAAAAGGGAGAAAAAAAUUAUCAUAACGUGCUUGUUUUUCGUCGGGUUCGCAUUGUGGUGCCUCUUAUUAAACCCACUAACGGAACCCACUUGGUAUUAUAACAAUCUUUCAUGGUACAAAGUUAAAUAAAUUAAACCAGAUUUUAGGCAAUUACAUAUUCAAUUGUUAUUUAAUUCUAGUUUAGGGUAAAUCACUUGCUCAAGUUUUUUACAAUCUUGACUCUAGAAAUAAUUUUAUAUGUUAUUUUAUUAAUGUUCGCCAGUAUUUGUAACAUGAAUGUGUCAAUUGCGAGUUGUAAUAAAAACGUUUGAUCCUUAA